CGAUUAACGAACACGUGUUUCCGUUCUAUUUUGACACUGUCAAACAUUUUAGGUUAUUAUAAAUAAGGUUUCUUUGGUAAAUAAGUACAAACUCGUAUUUAAUUGUUGUAAAGUGUUUUUCAGUGAUUAAUGGUUCGAAAUGUCGAAAUCAAAGAUUCACAAUGUUCGAUUCUUCAAUCCACACCCUAACACAAUUCGCACAAUGGCUCUUCAUAACACUUUUAAAAAGCUGGCUGUUUGUAGAUCCGACGCAAGUAUAGAAAUAUGGAACUUGACAAGUGCUCCAUUUCUUGAAUGUACGAUAAGCACUACAACAAGUAAUUCAUCUAUAGAAGCUAUAUCAUGGUGCUCCGACCAGCUAUUCAGUGUUGGGCUACAUGGCUUUCUUGUCCAUUACAAUCUAAAAAAACUUGCCAUUGAAAACAGAUGGGCUGUAACUGGUGGUGCAUGCUAUUGCUUGGAUGUGAAUAAAAGCAAUGACAUGUUAGCAAUAGGCACCGAACAAGGCUACUUGAACAUUUUUGCUGUUAAAGAUGAUGGCAUAUACUUUGAAAAAUUUUUUGAUAAGCAAGAAGGCAUGAUUAUCUGCUUGAAGUUUGACUCUACUGGAAAGUUUGUUGCAUCGGGCAGUACUGACACUGUGAGAGUUUGGAAUGUUGAAACUGGACAUGCCUUACACAAAAUGACAACAGGGAGGUCAGAAGCUAACAAACAAACCAUAGUUUGGUCUAUUGAAAUGACUAGUGAUUUUACUAUAAUCACUGGUGAUUCCAGAGGAAAAAUAACUUUUUGGGAUGGCAAAGUUGGUUCACAGAUAGAAAGUUAUCAGUCUCACAAGGCAGAUAUUCUUGGCUUGUGUCUCUCCGAGGAUGAAAAGACUUUGUAUGCUGCUGGUGUGGAUCCCACUAUUGUUACAUAUGAGAAGAUAAAUGUUAGAGGAGAGAACCAGAAAUGGGUGAAGAGCAUCCAGAGAAAGAUCCAUGAACAUGACGUGAAUGCUUUAGUUCUGUAUGACAAUAAAUUGUAUUCUGGUGGAGCAGAUAGCUAUUUGGCAUGUAGCUUCCAUCCCCCAAAAACACUGUUGAAAUACCCACCAAUUCCUCAGUCUUGUGUACACCUAGCUAGAGAAGCAAGGUAUAUUAUGUUACGUCACCCAGAUCACAUAGAUUUAUGGAGCUUAGGUCAGGGACAAGAGGUAGAACAGAAUUACACAGGUCUAAUUGAUUUACAAGAUGAGCCCAAAAAACUGCUGGUUUUGCAAAAGACUGUUAAAGAUGAAGACAAUGUUAAAGAGAGAGAAGGCAUAACUUGCUGCUGUAUAUCUAAUGAUGGAAACUGGAUUAUGUAUAGUACAAACUUGGAUAGUAGAUUGUUCAAGUUGAACAAGGACGAGAAUAGUUUGACACUAGAUAAAAUUGAAUUAUCUUGUGGGCCUUGUAUACAAGGGGUAUUUACACCUAAUAAUUCCCAACUUAUUACGUGUCCAAAUAGUGGUGGAUUAAAUGUGUAUGAAUUAGCUGAUAGUAAGGCUGAGUUAAAACAAACGAUCGAAAUUGAAGAAAUCAAGGACACCAUAACAUUUCUCCAGAUAUCCUCAUGUGGCAAGUACAUAUUAAUUGGUGAUACAUCAAGCAAUAUAGUAUUAUGGACAUCUACCUCCAAAAGAAAGAUAUGGACAUCACACUGUAAACUGCCCAAAUAUAAGUUUCCUGCAACCGCCAUGGCAAUGCAUCCCAAGACGUUGAAUUUAGUCGUUUCUUACUCUGACAGUAAGAUCAUAGAGUAUGAUGUGAUAAAACGGCAAUACACGUCGUUUUCGGAAAAGCUUUCAGGGUUAGAUUUCAAAUCGAAGUUUUAUCCUAUUAAAACCAUAACUUUUGAUCCCAGAGUAAAAAGCAUCAUAAUCUUGCAUGACGAUAAUAAUCUUCAUAUUGUAAACAAAGAGAAGAAAAUCGUGAUGAAGAAGAAAAAAGCUAAGAUUGAACAGAAAGAAGCUAGUCCAAAAGCUGUCAAUGGCAUUGAUGUUACAGCAACCAAGGUCGAGGUGCAUACCUUGAAAAAAUACAAGCAUCUGGUACAUUUUGAAUGGCUUAGCGAGGAUGAGAUGAUAGCUGUAGAAGUGAAUCCCUUGACACUAUUUGAAAAGUUACCACCUGCAUUUGCUCAAGCAACUUUUGGGAAGAAAUAGUGUUAUAUAUUUUGACAAUAAAUUGUUUUUCUCAAA